AUGCAUUCUGCAGCAGCUUCGUCCAGCAGCGCCUCCCCCAGUACCGCCGGCGCCGGCGGCGCAAAGAGACCAGUUUCGGACAUCGACGUCCCCGGAACCGAAUCAUCUCUAACCAAGACCAAUUCGAACAAGAGGCAACGUGUUGGACGUUCGAACGCAACCAUCCCCAACACACUGCCCAUGCAGCCACACCAGGAGCUUCUGCAAGAACUCACGGGGAAAUACAGCAUCGCCACUACCUCGGUCAUAGCCUCCUCCAAGAUCAACAAGAAGGUCACCCAAGUCCUCUCUCACCUCGGCCAUGUCGAUCUUUUCAGCCAGUCUUCCGUCCCGGGGGUAAUGAUGGUGCACGCAAGGGCCAACGACGCGAACAAGAUGGUCACAGCCAUGGAGAUCGCAAAGAGGCAGAUGAACCAGGCGGGCCAGCCCUGGUACCAGUACAACAGGGUAUACGAGGUGGCGGACGGACGCGGCUCGAGAGCCAACACCGCCGGCCAGGGAGCAGCCCAGACCAUCAUCGAGAACACCGUCCUGGAGGGCGUGGAUGCGGACGACGACGACGAGGAGGAGGAAGACGCCUUCGAGCCCGUCGAGAACACCUUCGAGCGCGCGAUCCGGGAGAAGCCCGCGGAGGAGUCGAAAACGACCUACAUGAGCAUCUUCCUCUCGCGGGUGCCGAUGCCCGAGCUCCAGUCCAAGGCGUACAUUACGCUCCAGACGAACGGGGACGAGAUUGGCAGGCCGCCUCGCUCAUGA